UAGCACACCUAGAUGCCAAAUAACUGACCAUGAGCCAGGCUAUCAGAGCCGUAGGCACUAUGAACGACAAGUACCACCGGGCAGCUCGGGAUGGCUACCUGGACCUACUCAGAGAGGCCACUCGGAAGCAGCUCAACGCGCCCGAUGAAGACGGAAUGACACCGACGUUAUGGGCUGCGUACCACGGCAACCUUGACGCGCUCCGACUCGUUGUGGGAAGAGGAGGUGACCCUGACAAGUGUGAUAUUUGGGGCAACACUCCGCUCCAUCUGGCCGCCGCCAACGGCCACCACAGCUGCCUGUCCUUCCUGGUAUCGUUCGGUGCCAAUGUGUGGUGCCUGGACAACGACUACCACACGCCCCUCGACAUGGCCGCCACCAAGAGCCACAUGGACUGUGUCCGGUACCUGGACUCCAUCGCCGCCAAGCAGUCUGUCCUCAACCCCAAGCUGGUGGAGAAGCUGAAAGACAGAGCAUUCCGCGCGACAGCAAGGAGGAUAAAAGACUGUGUGAAGAUGCAGCAGAAACACCACCAGCGGCUGGAGAGAAAGUUCCUGAAGGAGAGCGUCAGGUCGGAUAACUCUGACGCCAUGAGUUUCUCCAGUCAUAGCAGCAGCAGCACGCUAAGCCGCAAUCUUCCUCAGUUCAACACUGUCACUUCCAACAUGCCAUACUCACAGGCCACUGUACACUCCACAGCCAAGGGGAGGACCAAGAUUCACAAGAAGCUCGAGAAGAAGAAACAGGUGGACGGCACCUUUAAGAUCUACGAGGAUGGGAGGAAGAGUGUUCGCUCGCUGUCUGGCCUUCAGCUUGGCCAGGACGUCAUGUUCCUAAAGCAGGGCACUUACGCCAACUCUAAGGACCACUCGCGCUUCAACAUCCGGGACAUGUUCCCUCACCACGGCAACAACCACGAUCACCAUGACAACGACCACUACGAUGACGAUGAACGUGCCGACACCAUCUUCCACCUCUCCCGUGCCAUCAGCGACCCGGUUCUCCACGAGGCCGCCUACUCCGAGAUCAGCACUGACUCGGGCCGUGACUCCCUUUUCACCCGGCCCGGUCUUGGAACCAUGGUGUUCCGACGGAACUACGUCUCCGAUGGCCUCUUCGCCAUUGGAGCCCGGGACGAGGGUUCCGUGGCUGGCUCCGAGCCGGUGGGCCGUGCCCCUAACGUCCGCCUCCGUGGCCAUCUCCCCCGGCUGCAGCCCAGCCUGGAUGAUGCAAUAAAGAUAGACAGCAUCAUGAGCGCCCUGAGCCUCCAGGAGAGGAACCUGCAGGAGCUGACCUGGGAGGAGGCUGACGUGGGCCUGGAUGAGGAGCUGCCCUGGGAGGAGGCUGACGUGGGCCUGGACGAGGAGCUGGAGCCUGAGAGUGGACGCCUGGAGACAUUUCUUGCCUCGCAGAGCCUGGGAGAGUUCGUGCCCAUUUUCAGAAGGGAGAAGAUUGACCUCCAAGCUCUGUUGCUCUGCUCAGACCAGGACCUGACCUCCAUACACAUCCCACUGGGACCCAGGAAGAGGCUGCUAAAGGCUUGUAAGAGACGGCUGGACACCCUGGAGGAACCAGAGGGCAUCAAGGACACUGAGCUCUGA